GUAGAUACAUUUUCCUAGGUAGCGUAGAUUUAGCAUUAACGUGUCAGCACUUCAGUGCUUGUUGGAUAUGUGUCUUUUUGAGAAUUGCUUAAUGAUUUCUACAUAUAGCUAGCGGAAAUUGUCAAGCUCAUAGUAACUAGUGGAGCGAAGAUGAAGAUUCACCGUGAUAAAGAAAAUGCAUUAUUGCACUGGAUAAACCACCUAAAUGUGGACGACCCGGUGAGGGCAAUCAAAGAGUUACACGAUGGAGUAGUGUUAAUGAAGGUCGUUUACAAACUGAGAAAGGAAGAGCCCCCCAAGUCCUGCGUGGGUCAGCCUGUCAAGGAAAGACUGAAGCUGGUCUCCGACUUUCUGCAAGGUAAAAACGAGUGCAAAACAGAGCAGGGAGCUGCCAUCUCAUGGGACAACAUCACAGAUGGCAUAAAUCUGGAGGUGGAGUUAUCAAAGGUGGUUGUGCUUCUUCUAUACCACAGUGUGAUGAACAGCCAUAUUGCCCUGAACGGACUGGAACCCAAGUUUGAGGUUGAGCUUGCCUCUAUGCUCCGCUUUGUUCUGGAAAAUGAGAACAGCCUCUUUUUAAGCAAGAACUUGGAGAAGUAUCUACAAAAGAAACUUCUGUUUAGUCUCUCCAGUGACGUCUCCAGUGACGUCUCUAGUUCCUUCACAUCCCCUUCUGCCAGUGUGUUCAGCGAUAAUGAGUCCCCAGUUAUCCAUCGGAAAAAGGGAACACGUUCCGUUCAGUUUCUGGACCUAAAUACAGUAGCCUCUUCGUCUGUCAGUUCUCCUCUGCAGGAGGUGAUGAACACUCCUCAGUUCCAGCUGAAGAAGUUGCAGACCCAGCUCCGUCAGGAGAGGGACAUGAGAGACGAGCUGGAGAAAGACCUGGCCUCCAGCGCCAGUGCUCUUGACCACCGGGAGAGCCAGAUCUGCCAACUGCAGUUCCGCAUCGAGAAGCUACUUCGAGAAAAGGCAGAGCAGGAGCAGGAACCGCGGGACGAGCUGAGGGACCUGCUCAGCAAAAACGAGGGGCUUCGGAGCCGUCUCCACGAGGUGCUGAAGCAGUGUCAAGAGCUGAAAACCAGCUCGUCUCAGAUGGAGCGCAAGGUGGAUGACCUCACAGAGGAGAACGGCAUGCUGUCGUCCCAGAUGCGGGAGGUGAUUGCUCGGCUGGCGAGCGCCGAGGCGGAGGUGCUAAGGCUGACUGAGGCCCAGGACUUGGCCAAGGCCGAGUGGAGCAGCAGGCACAGCUACCUCCAGGCAGAGCUCAGCCAGGCCAUGGCUCAGAAGGAGUUUCUGACUGAGCAGAUGUUGAUACUCCAGAGCAAGAUCUCCUCUUUAGAGGACGAACUCCAAAAAGCCCAGACACAGGAGAGUGGAGAGGUCAUGGGCCCCAUCAUGGAGUGGGAGCAGCUGAAGGAGUAUGAGUGCACCAUUGCCCGUCUGGAAGGGGAGAGGGAGCAGUCUGCUGCCCUGAUGCAAUCCAUAGCCCAGGAGAACCAGCGCAGUAUGGAGGAACUCCAGCAGCAGUUGCGGCUGGCAGAGGAUCAGUUCCAAGCUGUGCAGGAGCAGAAUAAGGAGAUGUCCGCAAACCUCGGGAAGAUGGAGGAAACUCUCAGUCUGAAGGAGACGAGACUCAAGGGUCUGGAGGAGCAACUCCAGACCGCGACUUCUCUAGCAUUGCAGAGACAUCAGGAAAUGCUUGCCCUGCAGGAAGAACUGGCCUCACUGAAAAAGGAGGUGACCUGGCUGCAGGAGGAGGUGGAGAAGAGGUGUGCUACAGAAGCCCUGGCUGCUGAGAAGGCGAGGGAGAAGGACUGUAAAGUUGUGGAGCUGGAGAUGAGUGUGUCAGACCUUCAGCAGCAGCUGGGAUCUGCUGUCCAAUGCAUUGAUGCAAAGAGCCAGGACUGCGAAAGACUGGAGAAGGUGGUGGAGCUGAGAGAAGCACAGUUGCAGGAGCUGAGGCAGCAGGAGGAGGCGACGAGAGAAGAAGCCACUCACCUUCGCCAGGAGGUAUCGACAAAUGUCCUUAACUUACAGGCAGUGCAGAGGGAGAUGGAGGCCCUUAAAGUGGAGCUGGAAAGGCAGCAAGAUGAGCUAAGAGGGAAGGAAUCCCGCCAUCAGCUAAGAGCAGCUGAGCUCCAGCAGAGCCUGGAAGAGCAGGAAGCAGCUGUGAGAAUGUUGAACCAGCAGGAGGAAAGAGCCAGAAAUGAGGCCACCCUAAAGAUGGAGGCCCUUCAGGCUCAGAUGGAGGAGGUGUCGUCUUUGGCAGCAGCUAAAGACCUACAGCUCUGCACCCUGAGAGAGGAGGCCACUCUACUCCGCCAGGAGAUCUCCACACAUGUCAGCCACCUAGAGCAAGUUCAGAAGGAGAAGGGGGAGCUGAAGGAGCUGGCGGAAAGAGCUAGAGUGGAGGCUACCCUGAAGAUGGAGGAUCUCCAAGCUCAGAUGGAAGAGGUGUCCUCUCUUGCUACAGCUAAAGACCUACAGAUCUGCACCCUUAGAGAGGAGGCUACUGCCUUACAGGGGCAGUUGGCUAAACAGGAGCAGGUGAUCUCCCAUCAGGAGGAGUUGUUACAGGAUGCCCACAGGGAGAAGGAAUCUGUGGAGAGACUGCGAGAGGAGUUGGCCGGGCAACAGGAAGAGCUGAAAGGGGAGUUGAUCAUUCAGCAGGAGAAAGCUGCUGAGCUCCAAAGAAGUUUGAAAGAGGAGCAGGAGGCGCUGAGAGAGCUAAAAGUGAAAGAGGCGAUUGCCAGAGAGGAUGCCACUCGACUCUGCCAGGAGAUCUCCACUUACGUCAGCCAUCUGGAACAAGCACAGAAGGAGAAGGGGGAGCUGAAGGAGCAGGAGGAAAGCGCCAGGAAGGAGGCCAGCUUAAAGAUGGAGGCCCUUCAGGCUCAGAUGGAGGAGAUGACUUCUUUAGCAGCAGCUAAAGACCUUCAGCUCUGCACCCUGAGAGAGGAAGCCACUCUACUCCGCCAGGAGAUCUCCACACAUGUCAGCCACCUAGAGCAAGUACAGAAAGAGAAGGGGGAACUGAAGGAGCAGGAGGAAAGGGCCAGGGAGGCGGCCACUUUAAAAAUGGAGGCCCUCCAGGCUCAGAUGGGGGAGGCGUCUUCUCUGGCUGCAACUAAAGACCAACAGCUCUGCACCCUGAGUGAGGAGGCCAUCCAACUUCGCCUGGAGAUCUCCACACAUGUCAGCCACCUAGAGCAAGUACAGAAGGAGAACGGGGAGCUGAAAGAGCAGGAGGAAAGGGCUAGAGUGGAGGCUACCCUGAAGAUGGAGGAUCUCCAAGCUCAGAUGGAGGAGGUGUCUUCUCUUGCUGCAGCUAAAGACCAACAGCUCUGCACCCUUAGAGAGGAGGCUACUGCCUUACAGGGGCAGUUAGCUAAGCAGGAGCAGGAGGUCUCCCAUCAGAAGGAGUUGCUACAGGAAGCCCACAAGGAGAAGGAAUUGGUGGAGACUCUGCGUGAGGAGCUGGUCAGGCAAGAGAAGGAUCUGAAGGGGGCAUUGACCAUUCAGGAGGAGAAAGCUGCAGAUCUUCAAAAAAGCCUGAAAGAGGCUCAGGAGGCAUUGAGCGCACUAAAUGUGAAGGAGGCAAGUGCCAGAGAGGAGGCCACUCGAUUCUGCCAGGAGAUCUCAACACAUGUCAGACAUCUGGAGGAGAUGCAGAAAGAAAAGGAGGCACUGCAGGAGCAGGAGGAAAGGGCCAGAGAGGAGGCCACCCUAAAGAUGGAGGCCCUACAGGCUCAGAUAGAGGAGGUAUCAUCUUUGGCUGCAGCACUGGAACUACAUCUUUGCACCUUAAGAGAGGAGGCCAUACUACUCCGCCAGGAGAACACUAAACAGGCUGCUGAUCUGGAGGUGGCGCAAAGGGAGAAGGUUCAAUUGGAGGGCCUCCUGAGCAAGGAGCACACUGCCUUACAUGAGCAACUUUCCAAGCAGCAGGAGGAACUGAAAGGGGAGGUGUCCCUCCAUCAGCAGAAGGCUACUGAACUACAGCAGAUCUUGGAGGCGAAGGAUGAAGCCCUGAGAGGGCUUAAGGAGCAGCUGAUCAAGCAGCAGGAGGACUGUUGCCUACAGAAGGAGGAAUUGCAAGUGUCCCAGUCUGUGGCUGUCCAACAGAAGGAGGCAGUAGAGGCUCUUAGGCUGGAGAUGUCCCUCCAUGAGCAAAGAGCAGCAGAUCUACAGCAGAGCUUUGAGGAGAAGGAGGCUGCUUUGAAGGAGCUGGAGGAAAGGGCCAGAGAGGAGGCCAUCCGACUCAACCAGGAGAUCUCCACAAAUGUCAACCAUCUGCAGCAAGUACAGAAGGAGAAUGGAGAGCUGAAGGAGCAGCAGCAAAGCGCCAAAGAGGAGGCCACCCAGAAGAUUCAGGCCCUUCAGGCACAGAUUGAGGAGGUGUCUUCUUUGGCUACCGCUAGGGACCAACAGCUCUGCACCUUAAGAGAGGAAGCAACUCGACUCCGCCAGGAGAACACUCAACAGGCUGCUCAUCUGGAGGAGGUGCAAAGGGAGAAGGUUCAGUUGAAGGGCCUCCUGAGCAAGGAGCACACAGCCUUAAAUGAGCAACUUGCGAUGCAGCUGGAGGAGCUGAGAGGGGAGGUGUCCCUCCAUCAGCAGAGCGCUACCGAACUCCAGCAGAGCUUGGAGGAGAAGGAGGCUGCUUUGAAGGAGCUGAGAGAGCAAGAGGAGAGCAUUCAAAACGAGGCCAGUCAACUCCGCCAGGAGAUCUCCACACAUGUCAGCCAUCUUGAGCAAGUACAGAAGGAGAAGGAGGAGCUGAAGGAGCAGGAGGAAAGAGCCAGAGAGGAGGCCCUCCAAGCUCAGACGGCGAUGUCUUGUCUGGCUGCAGCUAAAGACCUACAGCUCUGCACAUUAAGAGAAGAGGCCACUCUACUCCACCAGGAGGUCUCAAUGCAUGUUCGCCAUCUAGAGGAGGCAGAGAAGAAGAAGAUUGAGAGUGAGGGCCUCCUGAGAAAGGAGAACAUUGCCUUGCUGGAGCAGAAUGUUAAACAGAAGGAGGAGAUGGGAAUGCUCCUGGAGGUGCAGUCUGCAGCUGCCCGAGAGAGGGAGGAAUUGGCCAGACAGAGGGAGGAGUUGAGGGAGGAGCUAUCAGUGCUUCAGCAGGAAAAGAAAGCUCUGCUAUCCCAGGUGCUUCAGGCAAAACAGAUUCAGACAGAGCUGGAGGGAAGUGUGGCUGAACUGCAAGCCCAGCGAGAAACCAGUCAGAGUGAGCAGAGGAAACAGCUUGACACCCUGCUCCUGGAGAAGCAGAGGCUGCUGGAGAGCAAUGAGGUCCUGGAGAGGAAGUGUAACACUGCCCAGAGGUUGGAGGCUGUACUGCAGGAGGAACGGGCGUUCAUGCAGGAGCGGAUGGAUGGGGCCAAUAAGUUGAAGACUCAGAACCACGAGCUACAGCAACUGCUUACAGCCCAGACGGAGGUUGUGGAGCAUUACAAAGCACAGAUGGAGAAAGCGAAGACCCACUACUCUGGGAAGAAGCAGCAGCUUGUGAAGGUUCAGGCAGAGCUGACUGAGCUGCAACGUGUUGUGGAGGUAAAAGAGCACGCGGUCGACAGCGUUACCGCUGAGAUGAAGCUGUUGCAGAAGGAGCUGGAGAAGGCCAGGAGCAAGGAGAAUCUCCUCAGCACCAAGGUCAACACGCUGAAGGCACAGCUGGCCUUUGCUGACUGUCAGCUUCGUGAGAAGCCCAGCGUGAGGAUGGAGCGCGGUCCAGGCAGGAUGGAGAAUGCACAGAGCCGUGCGCGCCAGGAAACCAGCAGAGACAGCCUGGACCUCAGUCUAGACGACUCCCUGAAUACUACAACGCGGCCGUCACUGCCCGAGGAGUCAAGUACACCCCUAGUGCGUAGCUCCGAACGGUUAGCUGCUAAACGCCAGGCUCUGGGACAAGAGGGUUCGCUGGAGACACUUUUCUUUACUCCCAUGAAUACACGCCAGAUCAACAGGACCAGUACGGAACGCCGGCUGGAGAACAGCAUCACGUCUCUGGGGGACCUAGCUCUGGACUCCGCCAAGAGACCUCCCACCACAUCAACCAAACGCCGCAGGACCACCCAGGUCGUCAACAUCACCAUGAGCAAGAAAACCCCAGGUCGUGGAGAGGCAGGAGGGGACAGCGACAAUGAGACUUUCUACACGGUGUCCUCCGCUCGGUCCCAUCCCAACAACACCAGAACACACAACACACGCCCCAGCUCCAUGGAUAUCACUUCCAUGCCUGGAAUAGUCAACCACGCUUCCAGCGAUCAGCUUCUUCACCUUCCCGGUUACCGGCGAAGCACCAUUCAUGCCGCCCCUGCCCGAAGCACCAGCCAGUUCUGUGUGGGGGCAGAGAAUGAGCCGGAACAUGCUGUGGAUGAUUGGGUCCGCAUAGCAGAGUUACAGGCCAGAAACCAGGCCUGUCUGCCACACCUGAAGAGCAGCUAUCCUCUGGAGUCCAGGCCCAGCCUGGGUCCGUCCUUUUCUAUCACCGAUGACGACUUGCGCACCGGCGACCCGUCCGAGACGAUCCGCAGGGCCUCCAUGAUGCCCGGCCAGAUUCAGGAGUCCCUGCAGUCCCAUCGGCUGUCCCUCCACCUGGGCCAGGUUGACAGAACCGAGUUCUCCGGUCCAGCCUACAGCUCCCACCGGCUCUCCCUGAUGCCCCAGAAUUCCAACAGCACCCUGAGCCACCAGAACACACAGGGCGUCCGCACCAGCACUCUUAAACGCUCGGCAAAAGAGCAGCAGCCUGACACUCCUGAGGCUAAGAGGGCCGUCACCAGCUGUUUCCCGCGACCUCUGACCCCUAAAGGAGGUUACUUUGGCACAUCCAACAACCAGAACCGCCAGAUAAAAAGCCCCUCUGCCCGGAGACAGUCUAUGGCGUUCAGCAUUGACAACACGCCCCAGAAGGCCGCCUCCAAGAGCGGCUUCAUACGGAGAGGCAUGAAUAAGAUCCGCAACUCGGCACGCAAAUCCCCGGCACCCGCCACACGGAGGUCUCCAGGUAACACCAGCUCCCGUGUCUCGCGGUCCGGAGCGGCCAAGUCCCCCUGCACUGGUACCGGGAGUGGAAAAUCCCCCCAGCUGGGAGGGAAGGCCCAGAGGAAGUCCCCGCGGACCAAUAACAGCAAGUCGCCAAAGAUCCCCUCGAGCGCACGCAAGAUGAUGAACUUCAAGAUGAAGGUAUAACCAAAUCAUCAUCACCACCUUUAAAAAAAACAACUAAUCUACAAAGAUGAUUCUUUUUAAAUUAUGUGCAAUAGAUUUUCAGAGGUUUUAUAUUUUUAAGUAGAGCGUCUACUCGAUCUUGCUUCUCACCUUUGACUUUUAAAGUCUGGUUCUGUCCUUUUAUUUGUUCUGCCUUUGUGUCAUCGGUUGUCUUUCAAAA